CUAAACAUAUACGGCCCACUCUCAGACGACUGGAAACAUGUUAGUCAGGUGAAGGUCAGUACACCCUAUUUCCCCCUAUUUUGCCAUUUAUUUUUGAUACACUUAAGUUAUUGUUUGUUUGUGUGCGUGCGUACGUACGUAUUACAGACCCAGACACAAGACAUUGUCCCAACUAUUGGCUUCAACAUAAAAAAAAUCAAGAGUUCAAGGUAGUAAUUAACUUGUAAUGUAAACUAUGUUUAACUUAUUGAACCAGAUAAAAGUCAUAAGUAUAUUACUAUCGUGUGUUUGUUGAUGCGUAACAUGUAUUUUGUCUCUACAAAGUUUGUCUUUCACAGUGUUUGACAUGUGUGUUCAGAGCAGAUACAGAAACCUAUGGGAACAUUACUACAAGUAGAACUUUACAUCUGCACUGUUUAUCUAUAUAGAACUGCAUGAUAUGACAGGACAUUUUAAUCCAGAGGUGCCUUACCUCUAAACUUAGAGUAACCAAGUAUUGCCUGUAGAGCAGUUUUAGUGGUUACACACACAACCCUAACUCUAUCUCCAAGAGUUACCGGCCCCCCGAUCAAUCACUCCGACAAAAAAUGAAUCUCAAUCUAGUUGCUUACCCCUGAUGUAGAGAAACACAUUCAGUGUUGUUUACGCUGUUGCUCCUCCUAUCCUUGUUGAUGACAUAGUUUUCUGUUGUGGUAUUCGAAGAGAGAGUCACGCAAUCAUAUUUGUCAUCGAUAGUGGAGACAAGUUACGAAUGGUUGUUGCCAAAGAGGAGCUUGAUACUCUUCUCAAUCACCAAGAUAAGAGAAUGAGAAAGUAAGAACGAGAGAGAGACAGAAAGAGCGAGAGUAAGAGAGAGAGAAGGAGAGAAAGAUAGACAGAGAGACAGACAGACAGACACAGAGCCAACUGUUUCUUCACCUGUUCUCCGGUGUUCCUCCCCCCUCUAGACAUCUGCAGUAGGAGGAUACCGGUGCUGUUCUUUGCUAAUAAGAGUGAUCUUAGAGAAGCCAUGUCUUCAGUCAAAGUCUCUCAGCUGCUCUGUCUGGAGAACAUCAAGGACAAACCCUGGCACAUC